AUGCCAUCGAAAGCAAAUACCAAGAAAACACUCCAAGAUCCAUCUUUAAAAAACCAUUCAAAUUUAGAUUCAAAUUCACAUAUCCUAACCCCAACUCCUCAAAAAAAACCCAAGACUUCCCACAGGAAGCCUCCUACCCCUCCCGCUUCUAUCUAUACAAUAGAAUCCGACUCCGACUCCAACUCCGAGUAUUCGAACCAUGCAUCUCCAUCUGAAUAUACGUACUCAAACCAUACAUCUCAAUCUCCAUCCGGCCAUACCUACUCUACCUCCUACUCAUCCCCCAAAUCUCUCCACGCCCCCGAAACCCCAUCUUUAGAAUCCUACCAAGAAACUCUCGAUGCGCAGAUAAUAGACUAUUUCCAUUCACACCCUGACAAACCAUAUCUUCAAUCUCAAUUCCAAUUCCAAUCCCAAUCCCGAUCAUGUCCUACACCCUCUUCACCCUAUCACUCACUAUCCCCAUCAUCUUCUCUCUCACCCUCUUCCCACAUCCAAACCAAUUCUCCCUCCCUUCGCAAACCACCCACCCAACCCCCCCUCUCCUCCCUCUCCCACCUCGACCAACACCUCUACAACAAACUCCUGCGAUCCCGACGCUACGGACACCUCGCGCUAUGCGCUUAUGAAAACGAAGUCGCGCGUCAAAAACUCACCCAUCGAAUCUCGCUCCUGAACAUCGAGCUCCGCGAAAAAGGCGAAGAGAUGAAGAAGCUCGUGGUGCAAGAAUUGAGCGAGGAGCAGGGAGUGAGGGAGGAAGCGAUGCCGAGUUGGAUGGGGGAGGUGUUGUAUUGGGGGGGCUGGGAUGAGGGAUGUGUGGGGUUUUGGGAGGGCUGGGAGGGGUAUUGGGAGAGGUUUUUCAGGGAGGAACAGGAGGGGGAGAGGGGGGAGGGGAGGGGAAAGGGGAGGGGGGUGUGGAAGAGGUGGGGGAGGGGGAUUAAGGGGGUUUUUGGGAGUACGGGGAAGAGGAGGGUGAGAGGGGAGGAUUAUGAGAUGAUGUGA